CCUGCUUCCAAAAAAAAAAAAAAACACAGUUAAAACCAUAUGGCUUGGCAACAACAUCGACGAUAAGAGUGACGUUGUGCAAGUGUCAGCUAUCAAUUAACGGAGCCUCCAAAACGGUAGAAAGACCCCUUCUCAAAUACGGCUGUUUUCUAACCUGAAAAUAAGACACACUAUGGAACCUGAUGUCAGUUCUGUAAACCAGAACUCCGAGUGCCAGACAGUUGAAAAACUUCAGGUGCUUGACCAGUCUACUGAUCAAUCUGGGAACAUCUACAAUGAGAAAGGAUGCGCAGCUUUCAUCCUGCUGGCCUGUGCAGUUGCCGCUGUUAGUGGACUUCUAGUCGGAUAUGAAAUGGCUGUAAUAUCUGGGGCUCUUCUCCAGCUACAGGAUACAUUAGCUUUUACAUGUCAUGAGCAGGAAAUGGUUGUUAGCUCUUUGUUAUUAGGGGCCCUGCUAUCCUCCCUCUUUGGAGGAUUUAUAAUAGACAAAUAUGGAAGAAGGAUUGUUAUAAUAGGAACCUCUUUUCUAAUUCUAAUAGGAAGCAUAAUUUUGAUAUGCGUAAUGUCAUACACAGUACUUAUUAUAGGUCGCGUUUUGGUGGGAAUUGCCAUAUCACUCUCAUCUGUUUCCACUUGUCUCUAUUUAGCAGAGAUUGCACCACAAAACAGAAGGGGUCUGCUGGUGUCCCUAAAUGAACUCAUGAUUGUUUUUGGUGUUCUUUUAGCCUAUGCUUUCAACUAUGUUUUUGCCACUGUUUCCAAUGGGUGGAAAUACAUGUUCGGCCUUGUGAUUCCACCAGCAUUUCUUCAGGCUGCUGCCAUGUUUUUUCUGCCAAUAAGCCCUAGAUUUUUGAUCAAGAAAGGUAAAAAUGAAUCAGCUACUUAUGUAUUGAGAAAACUAAGGGCAUCCAAUGAUAUCGACGAAGAACUCAACAGCAUCACGGCAUCACUGAAGGAGGAACAGCAGUACCGCUUUUGGGACUUGUUCAGUUCAAAGGACAACAUGAGAGCCAGAUUGCUGAUAGGGGUUGUCUUAGUUAUCUUCCACCAAGCAACAGGGCAGCCCAAUAUUUUAUAUUAUGCAUCCACCAUUUUAAAAUCUGUUGGCUUUCACAGUAAUAACGCAGCAACUCUGGCCUCUACAGGGAUCGGGGCAGUGAAAGUGGCAAGCACAAUUCCAGCAGUGCUCUUUGUGGAUCGAGUGGGAAGCAGGACCUUUCUGUUGGUUGGAUCUGCUGUCAUGGCAGUGUCACUAACCGCAAUGGGAAUAGUAAGCCUCGGAAUUCCUACAGGCCUCACCAGCGUCUGUGUAAGACACACUGAUAUAAACCAGACUCACUGGAUAAACAAUGCAACCAGUGACUUUCCAAUUGAUGGAACACAUUUCUUAGAAAUAGCUUCACAAUCUUUAUCUGGACUAAAAUCUACGACAAACUUAACAACGCCAAGCAAAAGGAAAUUGACUUCAGGAGAUUUGUCGAACAAAACACUUAAAGAUAGCCUUAUGAAGGAUUCUAAAGCACUUUUACUGACCAAAGGGAUUGAUAGAGUGCCAAGUACUUUGAAAUGGCUAUCUCUGGCAUGUCUGCUGGUUUACAUAGCUGCAUUUUCCAUAAGUCUUGGGCCAAUGGUGUGGCUGGUUCUGAGUGAGAUUUUCCCAUUGGGUGUCCGAGGCAGGGCUAUGUCAGUGGUUAUAGCCGUGAGUUGGGUAGUCAACCUUCUCGUCUCAAUGACAUUUCUGACUGUCAUCGAGAAAAUUGGUCUUCCUUAUGUUCUCUUCAUCUAUGCAGUCAUGAGUUGUGCACUUCUGGUAUUUGUCUUUUUGUUUAUACCAGAGACAAAGAGACAAUCGUUGGAGCAGAUAUCAAAGAAAUUAGCUGAAAAAAAAUACAUUAUGAAUGACAUCUGCUGCAAGAGAAUGCCUGAAACACAAUCUGAAGAAUAAUGUUUUGUAAAACAUUGUGGAAAAUCAAAUCCUGUGACUGUAAUAAACGCACUGGGGGUGCUAAUAGGUU